UUUUGCAAGAUGGCAGGUGAAAAGGCUGAGAAGCCAGAUACUAAGGAGAAAAAACCUGAAGCCAAGAAGGCUGAUGCUGUCAACAAGGCUAAAAAGGUGAAAGUGGUGAAGAAAGUUAAGAAGGGGAAGCCCCACGGCAGCCAAAACCCUGUCCUGGUCAGAGGAAUUGGCAGAUAUUCCCGAUCAGCCAUGUACUCCAGAAAGGCCCUGUACAAGAGAAAGUAUUCAGCAGCUAAAUCCAAGGUCGAAAAGAAAAAGAAGGUUCGGGUUCUUGCUACUGUCACAAAACCAGUUGGUGGCGACAAGAAUGGUGGUACCCGGGUGGUCAAACUCCGCAAAAUGCCUACUGAAGAUGUGCCUCCGCAAAAACCCUACUGA